UGGUCAGCGCAGUAGGCGAGCUGUCAAACACAACAACCGUCGGAGAUGUGAAGAGACGCGGAGUAUCGCUCGGCUGCGGGACCUCACGCACACUUGGGCUGUACAUGCGUGCAGAGUGGACACAUUCAGCGGAAGGUUGUUGUUCGAGGGAGUUUCUGCACCGGAAUCUAAUGCCUCACAGCUCUGCGGGAGUUUUGUUGACAAAGUAGCAAGUCGGCUAGCAGCUCGGCUAGCGCUCUACGAACUUUUCAGUUCCUGGUUUUGCUAAAAAUUAAAGUUCCUCCUGAAGGGAAUGGAAUCCUCCUCUACGGUUCUUGUCAACUGUCACAACAGGAUGCCGAAAGGUUGCCAGAGGCUCCAGUCAUCGGUCAACCAUGUGAUGUCCCCUUCAGCCUCCUGGACACUUUUAUGAGCGACAGGCCGAAUCGUCUGGUCGCCGUGGAAGUGCCCUCACAUCAAUCCAGCUUUCUUGUCAUGUGGGUGCACAGCGGAAAAACGUCCCCUACACUGGCAUCAUCAUCAUCUACAACGUCGCCAUGGAACGGAACAAACGCAACUCCAUCGCUGGAUUUCCAACACGACCCGAGCGCUUCACAGAGGACAAGGACGGCGUUAGUGGCGUAGGGGUGUUUGAGAUGGGCAUGGGCCCGCCCUCGCAGGUGGGCCGGGUGUGGCCGUCGUCCUAUAGAGCUCUCAUCAGUGCCUUCACCUGCCUGACACGCCUGGAUGACUUCAGCUGCGAGUGGAUCGGCUCUGGAUUCUUCUCUGACGUCUAUAAGGUGUGUCAUCGAGCUUCGGACCAAGUCAUGGCUCUGAAGAUGAACAAGCUCAGCAGCAACCGUGCCAACAUGCUGAGGGAGGUCCAGCUCAUGAACCGACUCUCCCACCCGCACAUCCUCAGGUUCAAAGGUGUUUGCGUUCAUGAGGGUCAACUUCAUGCUCUGACAGAGUACAUCAAUGGUGGCAACCUGGAGCAGCUCCUGGACAGCGACAAACACCUCAGCUGGCCAGUGCGGGUCAAACUGGGCCAGGAUAUCGCCAGCGGGUUGGCCUACUUGCACUCCAAAGGCAUUUUCCACCGGGACCUCACUUCCAAGAACUGCCUGAUCAAGUGUGAUGACACCAGCUACACGGCCGUGGUGGGAGACUUCGGCCUGGCUGAGAAGAUCCCCACCAAUCCUGCGGAAGCGGAGAAGUUGUCUGUGGUUGGCUCCCCCUUCUGGAUGGCUCCGGAAGUUCUGAGAGACGAGCCGUACAGCGAGAAGGCCGACGUGUUCUCCUACGGAAUCAUCCUGUGUGAGAUCAUCGCCCGCGUCCAGGCCGACCCUGACUUCCUCCCGCGCACAGAGAACUUUGGUCUGGACUAUCACAUGUUCCAGCACAUGGUGGGGGACUGUCCGGCUGACUUCCUCCAGCUGGCUUUCAACUGCUGCAACAUGGACCCGUCACUCCGACCGUCCUUCACAGACAUUGUGCGUCACCUGGAGGAAAUCCUCGCUCGCCUCAAAAUCCAGGAGAUGCAGUGUGAGAGCGAGCGGGACAUCGACAAGAAGAUCACGUCCAAAGGUGAGAAGAUCCAGGGCGUCAAGCGUCUGAACCCGCUGGGCUUCCAGGACGACAAGAUCCCUCCCAAGUCUCCUCGACCGCGACGCAACAUCUGGCUCAGCCGCAGCCAGUCGGACUUUUUCGUCUGCAAGUCUGGAAGAAAGAUCAACGUCCAGGACCCCUACUACAACCCCUCCGUGGCCCUGAGGGCACCCAGGCCUCGCAAAAUCAACCCCUUCACGGCCCGGGAGGACCUGUGCGGCGGCAAGAUCAAGUUCUUCGACGUACCCAGCAAGUCGGUGUUCUCGCUGGUGUUCGACCUCCACUCGCCGCCGGGCAGCGUCUUCAGUGACAUGCAGUCGAGCCAGGGGCCCGUGGGGCCGCAGCAGGAGGGCUCCUACUACUGGCAGCAGCUGCCGGGCCGACAGUGUCACUCCCUGCCCGUGUCCCCACAGCUGCCCCGCUCCCAGUUCUUCCACCUGGCCUCCGCUGCCGGCUCCAACGCUCCUGCUCCUGCUAACUGCAGCCAGAGCAGCGCGGCAGCACCAGGGACCAACUCCUGGUCCGAGUCCGGCCCCAUGGGGAACGACGUCCGGCAAAGGGCGGCACCGGGAAGCUGGGCGAAGAAGUACGUGGUCGUGGAGAUCCCACCUUACUGCAGGCAGAGAGGAGGGGCUGAGGACGUGCGGAGCGGCAGCGAGGACGACGUGUUCGAGGAGAGCUGGUCUCCCACCGUCCCGGGCAGCGAGUCCAUGGACUGCUGCAGCAGCCUGGAGGAGGACGAUGCCACACCCAGGAUGUAACACACACACACACACCGACACACACACAAACAAAAGCACUUGUCUUUGGAGUAUUUUCGUGACUGGUCAAGCGCCAUCUUCGACACCGGCGGCAGCAGAGAGAUUAUUUUUUUGAGAACGAUUGUUUAUAUUAAUGUUUGAGACGAUGUACAUUUUUGCUCUUAAAUAUUUUAUUACUGUAAACGUCUUUAAAGGGGGCGGGGCUUAGGGAUUCAUAAUCACAUGGGUUCUGUCGCGAGAUGUUGUUGCGGUCGCCGACAUUUCAACGUGACCUGAAACUACGCGUCCUAACUACUUGUGAGGACAGCAGGUGUGUGUUAGGGACUCGGAAGUGGGUCCCCUACAUACCACCCAUCUGGACCUGGUGACAGCAGAGCCCGAGUCCUCGGACACCUCUCCAGACUAGCACCUUAUUUUUCAUACUCUGAAAGAUGAACGCAAAAUUUCCGGUGAUGAUGUUUUGGCACCAUCUUUCCCCAUAAGAUUUCAUCGACUCUUACUACUUAACCUUGUGUUUUAUUUACCUGACUGUCAGGUCUGAUGCUAACAGGGACGCUAGCUCUGUUUGCUUGCACCAGCUGCGACGUGUGGAUCGAGUGCACACAAACAAACGUCCUCAUUAUAUAAUACAAAAUAUAUACAAACACAGGAAUGCAGGAUUAGCAUUCAGUUGCUAACCUUUAAUGGAGAUGCUAGUGGUUAGCAUCACACGCUACAGGCUAGAGGUGAACAAAUCUACAGAAGACUGAAGAGUGAAUGUGUCGAAAAUACGUAAGAUUGUGACCAAAGUUCGUACAAGUUACAAAUCUGAGCUGCUGUCAUGGUGGAGACAUAAGGUGGCUGCUUGUUGACUUCCUUAUAUGGUCGUGUCCACCUUCACCAGCAGCUCAAGUCCACUCACCUGACGUAGACCAUCACAACAUUCUCUAUUGCCCCCAACAUUUGACCAAACCAGGUCCAUUCAUGGCUGGCUUGUCCAGUUCCAGUGGGCUCAGAUGCUGACCCCAAAUCUGCAACGUUUUUCACUCACAUUUCAACAUUUCUCCGCCUUGUUUCGACCACUAGGGUCGUCCACGAACCCGUCCUCUUGAUCACAGCCUUUUCUAUGCAAACAGGUUUUAAGGUUGAAAUGGUUUGAUUCCUGAUGUCUUACAUUUGUAUAUUUGUGUAAAGAGUUCUCUGCUUUCCUGGAUGUAUUUGCUGAUGAAAUAACAAAACCCGUUCUCUUCUACUGUUUGCCUC